AUGUCAAGCAAAAGUGAGAAUUCAAAUUUUAUUGACAUGGUCUACAAUCAUGACUGGUCUUCGACUCCGCUUGGUCCUAUGGAUACUUGGGAUCCUGCCCUCAGAAAUGUUGCGAAUUUAUGUCUAAGAACUGAGUUUCCUAUGAGUAUCUAUAUCGAUCCUCCAAAUUGGUUAUUGUUUUAUAAUAAAGCUUAUGCUCCAAUAUUAAAAGCAAAACAUCCCGCAUUAGGAAGGCCAAUUAAAGAUAUUUGGCCUGAAAUAUUUGAGAUUCGUAUGAGUUUAGAAUUUAAUGGUGUAAUAACAACCGGCCAAGGUUAUUUCGGACACGAUCAACAUUGCAUAUUACAACGUGAUGGAUACGAUGAAGAUGCUUACUUUACCUAUACAUAUAGUCCAGUUUUUAAAUCCGAUGGUACAAUCUGUGCUAUAUGGUGUCUAUCACAAGAAACUACUCAAAAAGUUUUAAAUACUCGAAGACUUAAAUUACUUGAAGAUUUUGGUCAUCUAACCUCUAAUAUUGAGUCCUUAGAAAGUGCUUGCCAUAUUAUAACAAAAACAUUAAGAAACAAUAAAGAUAUUCCUUAUACACUUAUUUACUUUGUAAACCAUAAAUUAAAUACUAGUUCUGAAUCUUCAAUCGCUCAUCUAAUCGCUACGACUUUUGAUGAUGACGAUAAAGAAAAAAGACUUAUUCCUGAUCAUUUACCAAAAACCCAUGAAAAUUAA